AUGAUUCCUGAAAUUGUGAGAGCUCACCGCAGCCGCAAGCAGCCCGUACCCCCCUCCCAAUCCUUCAAUGAUCGCGUGAGCGUGUACCGCGGGGACAUUACGAAACUCGAGGUCGGCGCCAUCGUCAACGCCGCCAACGGGCGCCUGCUUGGGGGGAGGCGGUCAUACACGCCGUGGGCCGUCUACAAAGCGGCCAAGGCAGAGGAGGCCAAGGCCGCUUUGGCGGGCUGCUACCAGAAGAGCCUCGAGCUUGCCGCCGAACACGGCUGCGGGAGCGUUGCGUUUAGCUCCAUCAGCACUGGCAUCUAUGGCUACCCGAGCUUGGAUGCCUCCCGAGUUGCUGCCGAGACAACGAGGAAGUUUCUCGAAGGCCCGGAUGGGGACAAGUUGACUCGGGUAAUCUUUGUUACGUUUGAAACCAAGGACGUUGAGGCGUAUGGAGAGACGCUGCCUGAAAUCUUUCCCCCAACAAGUAGUUAA